AUGUGUGCGAGCAGAGCGGUACCGAGCGGGAAGGUGUACCGGCAGCUGUUUGACGCUCAGGUUCAGCUGUCCAGGUCCCUGCUGGCUGGACGGAAAGACACAAGGACAGACUGUCUGUCUGCUGAGGACAGCAACACACACUGCAGCACGACCAGCAGGUUGUUGUUUUCGUCCUCCAGCAGGGGGCAGCAGGUGGGUGACGAUGACGAUGUCGAAGAUGUCCGCAAACUUCCCGACUCUCCAAUCACAGCCACGUCCUCUCUUUCAGUGGGCCGUCCCAGCUCUGACAUCAUCGAGCGUCUGACAGAGAAAAAACGGAUCAGACAUGAAGAAGCUCUGAAACAGCUGGAUGCUGAACUGACAGCAAUCAGUCAGGUGUGUGAGACUCAGGUGAGGACCGUCAGUCAGGAGCUGCUGUCCUCUCAGCAAGAGGUGGACCUCAGAUUGGACAAACUGAAGGACAGCAUGGGACAGCUGGAACACCUGGAUCAUGUCAGUCUGCAGGAGGUGUGUGCUCUCUGGGAGCAGGUGGAGAAGGAGGUGAUGGUGAAGAAGAUGAGAAUCAUGGAGCUGAACCACAGACUGACUGAAUGUGAGACUCAGCGAACUGACAAGAUCAGAGCUGUGCUCAGGAAGUUCUGCCACCUGCUGGUGAAGAUCAGCUUCCUGCGUCCACCUGAUGUCCACAGACUGAUUCACACCGAGGCCACGAUGUUGAAUCAGUCUCUGCUGGCGAACCGACGCAGCGCGGCUCGUCUGCUGCUGCUCCUCCAGGAGGAGAACCUGCAGCAGGAGUCACUCCUCCAUCUGCACUGGAAGGACUGUCUGAGCCGCUGGAGGACGAGCAGGAUCACCGACGUCAUGGACGGCUUCAGGCGUCUCUGCCGCAGUGACGAGGAUCAGCAUCAGCGGCUGAUCUCAGGUCUGCAGAUGGAACAAACUCAUGGAGAUCUGACGGAACGACGCCGUGACCUCAUCUGCAGGAUCAGCUCCCUGGUCCCGCCCACCUGCUCCACUGCUUUGGUCUCUGAUUGGUUCAGCCAGCUGACAGCUGUCAACCAACAGAUCGACUGUCUUCACGCUGACUUCCUCCAUCAGCUCCGUGGUUGUUAUGAACACACGUGGCAGGAGCGACUGGCUGUGGUGGAGAGCUGUAAGGAGGCGCUCUCAGCUCUGCAGCUGUCAGACGAGGAGGUGAACCACGUCAUCGGCUCUCAGCUCCUCUCUCUGAUUGGACGAAGCCAGAGUCAGGAUGAAGAGCGACUGGCUGCUUUAGAUGUGUGCUGCGACUCUGUGGCCCGUCGUGCUCUCAGUCUCAGCAGGUGUGUGGUCGUUGUAAUGCGAGGAGCAGCGUUGCUAUGGGAGAUGCACAGCUGCAGGUUAGAGAGGAGAGAAGAAGAAGUGCAGCAACAGCUGGACGACCUCCGACACUCGCAGCAGCGACGCACUCAGAGGAGGAAGGUGUGGCUGGACAACCUGUUGGGCAGACUCCGUCAGGAGAGCAGCGAGGACACUCUGAAGACGACUCUGGACAAAACUGUCCUCUACCUGCAGGACAUUAAACAGAGCUGCAGACAGAGUGUCUCUGAUCAGUGGGAGGUGUUGGACCGUCUUCCUUCUGUCUUUCUGGAGGAGCUUCUCUCCUACAGCAGCAGCCUCAGCUCCCUCUACCACCUCAAACAUACCUACACACCGAGUCCAGAAGAACUGCAGAACCUCCACCUGUCGCCUAGCAACCCCACCAACCUGGAGACCAGUGUGGAGGCUGAAAUACAGGAACCAGAGGAGGUGAUGGAGAAUCCUCCAGUCAGCUGUCAGAAUGAUGUUGACCCCGCCCCGCCCUCUCAGGAUUGGCUGAUUGAGGCGGAGUCCUCUCUACUGAGUCUCUGUGACAUCAGGAGCCAAAUCAAGUUUACAUCAUCCAGGGGCAUUACGUACACUGCCCCCGCCUUUGGAUGCCCCGCCCCCAGCCUCCCAGAAGACCUGCAGCAGGAAACACACCUGAGCCAGUUUCCUGUGGAGCUGCUCACACACACACUGAGCAGGACUCGGACUCUGUUCUUGGACCACCUGGAGCAGCAUUUCCAUGAUGUCCUUAGCUCAGCUGUUGCCAUGGUAACAGACAGGAAGGAGGCAGUGUGUUCAGAGCAGGAGCUCCAACUGCAACAGCUGAACCCCCAAGACAUCCAGACCCACGUCUACCAACCCCGCCUGGCUGAGUUGCAGCUCCACCAGCAGCAGGUGGAGGUUCACUGCGGGGAGGUGUUGGACGCACUGACCUCCUGCAGGACAGAGCUGCAGGAGCUGCAAACCUCCAUCAGUAGGAAGAACCAGGAGCUCACCAUCACUCUGUCCAACAUUGAGGACAACAUCCUGAAGGCCCACAGCAGCCAACGUCUGGAGGCUGUGAGCUCCACCCUGCAGGACCGCCUGGAUCAACAUAACAAAUACACCCAGCGCUGUCUGACCACCUUCAGGCAAACAGUUCAGCUCAGACUGGAGAAGGUCAGACAAAGAACAACACAACUCCUCAACUCCUUCAGGACGUUCAGCGAGGGAGGUGAGUUUGCUCCUCAGGAGGUGAAGAUGUUUCAGAUGAGGCUGAAGGAGGAAACCAAACGGAUCAGUGUGACAGAGGAGUCCAUCUGCUCUGAGCUGGACGUGUUUGAGUCCAGGAGUUUACAGCAGGUGAAGGAGGCGUCAGGUCGCUGUGAGGAGAAACUCUCCCUCCUGAAGUCUGAGCUCAGGUUCAUGGAGAAGAUCCACAAGAUGAUCAGCAGCACACAAGUUCACAUGAGGGCUGAGGCAGCCAGCAGUAACCAGCAGCAGUCUGUGAUCAGCAGCAGGUUGGAGGAUGUGAGGAGGAUGAUGGAGAACACACAGGUGUCUCCCCAUCAGGUUCUUGCUCUCUUGUCGUCGGUCAGUGAAGAACUGAGGACACGCUGUCAGUACUUGGACUUUGAACUGGAAGGCCUCGCUCUCCCAGCUCGUCCUAAGUCCAGGAAGCAGGUCCAGUCUUCCCCACCUCCUGUUUUACUGCAGCCGAGCAGGACAGGUGUGGACGUCCUUGACGACCCUGUUGUGAGCAUCAUCAAGUCCCUGAACAGGAGGAUUCAGCAGGACCAGCAGAGACAGAGGACAGGAGACCAGCUGCUGGUAAACAUCUGGUGUGGGCUCAGGUUUAUUCACAGGCUUUCCACUGAUGCUGCAACAGGAACGAGCCAAUCAGCAGUCAGCGUUCGGGCGGCUCAGUGUGACGGGUGUGGGUCUUUGCCCGGCCGUCAGCAGGAAGUCCCCUCCCUGUUCAAACAGCUGUUUCCUGCCGCUGUCGCCUUCAGUGCUGAUCUGGGGGGGGCCUCCAGGUCCAUCAGGACUGACAGAAGGUUCCAGAUUUUUGGACCCAAACCAGAAACAGAACAGAACACACGCUCCUUCAGCUCCACAGUGAACUGUGUGCUGUGGAAAGUCAACGACGCCGCCCUGCUGGUUGCAGAGGACUUUUACCGGAGCGAGCGUCUCGGCAGGUUCCAGCUGCUUCCUGACACUUUGGACCAAUGGGCUGAGAGCAUGCAGCAAAGGCUGCUGGGAUACCAGGAACAGGCCAGGAGGUUUCUGAGCACGAGCAGAGAGGACCUGGUGAACCAGCUGUCUGAGCUGGACGACCUUCUGCGUUCAUCACCUGCAGUUUUGAUCAGUAACUAUGAGCAACAGAAGGGGGUGGAGCUUAAAGAGGAAGUGGGCAGAGUCCAGAAGAAGCUGGAAGAGAUGCUGUCAGCCAGCGAGCAGGAGAAGACCGUAAACGUCUGGCGGCUGCGAGCGUCUCUCAGAGAGGACGAGCUGCAGAUGCUGAUUGGCAGAGAGGAGCUCAGACAGCAGAGACUGCAGAGUGCCAUCUGCUGCUCAUACCUGGAACUACAGGAUUGUGUGCGUGUCCAGGGGGAGGAGUUUGUGACAUCACUGGCCUCUCUGACAGAGAAUCUGAUCAAUCAGCUGGACAACCUGCUCACACCUACAGAAACCAAGGCAGCAUCAUAUCGGCACUCUGAAGACAGCAGCGUUACCAUGGUGACAGGCACUGAACUAGGACCGAAACCCUGCACAGGAAGCAGGACCUGGUCUGGUAUCUCAUACCUGUCGCUGCCAACCAGCAACACUGCUGACCCACCAUCCCCUGUUACCACAGCAACAACAGCAUCCAUCACCACAACCAGGUGCACCCUGGGACAUCUGGCCAUUAUAGAGCAGAGGGACACUGCUGUGAAGCGGUUCGAACAGCUGUUCAGUUCGGAGUUACUGUGUUCAGACGACAACAAACAAAAACAACUGAGAGAACUUCAGAGCUGGAACACACACUGGAGACAGCAAAUACACAACCUGACACACUGAUGCAGGACGACUGCAGCUUAUUGGCUGUUCACUAUGUUCACUGUGAUGUCACCAUCUGUACUGAUGUUUGUUAAUA